AUGCUAAACAAUAUGGGCCUUUGCUCCCGUUUUCUUGCAAUUUUUACACUAACUUUCUUUUCCAUCGGUAUUUCUUCUUCUUCUUCUUCUUCUUUGGCUACUGAUGCUAAUGUUAAUGGAACUUCCGGUCAAGGGCCGCCAUACUUAGUGGUUCCGGUUGGCGUCGUUAUUGACUUGGGCUCGCCCUUGGGUUCCAUGGUGGCUUCGUGCAUGAAAAUGGCCAUCUCGGAUUAUUACGCGACACGUCCGGACUGUAGGACGAGGCUGAAGUUGCAAAUUAAGAGUGUGGAUAAUGUGGUUGAUGCUAAUUUUGCAGCUGUGGAGCUACUGAAGAAGGAACAAGUCGACGGACUUAUAAUAGGGCCACAAGAAUCAACACAAGAAACAUUCUUUGCAGAGGUCGCCCAAAAAACCCGUGUCCCCACAAUAUCCUUCACCUCCACUUUACCCAACAACAAUUACUUUUUCCGUACAACACCGGACGAUGCCAUUCAAGCCCAAGCCCUUGCCGCCAUUAUCCGCGGAUUCGAAUGGCCCGAAAUCGCCGUUAUAUACGAAGACACGCAAAACGGCGAUCGGUUUCUCUCCCAUCUCAACAGGGUCCUCCAAGAGUCCGAAAUCCGGCAGGCUUACUCUGUCCCGGUCGCCACCUCAGCCGACAACAGCCGUAUCCUGAGAGAGCUCAACCGGUUCGGGACAAGGCAGACUCGGGUGUUCUUGGUGCACAUGGGCCCGUCCCUCGGCCACCGAUUUUUCGACCUUGCCAAACGUGCCGGGCUCAUGAGCCCGGGUUACGCGUGGCUCGUCACCUACAGCCUGUCCGUCUUCUUGGGUUCCGCGGGCCCUGCGGCCCGCGACUCGAUGGAAGGGGUCCUCGGCGUGCGACCCCACGUCCCCACAAAGGAACCAUUCAACGUUUACGGUUUGUGGGCUUACGACGUGGUGACAGCGCUGGCAAUGGCGGCUGACAGGGCCGUAUUGUCGGUAAAUUCGUCUCGGAAUUCCAGUUUGGGCCCCCGAAUACUCGACCAGCUGUCGAGCGUAGAAUUUCCAGGCUCGAGUGGAGAUUUCCGGUUCGUAGACAGGAAGUUGAGGCCGUCGCCAGUCGAGGUGUUUAACGUGAUCGGGACAGGAGACAAAACGGUCGGGUAUUGGACGCCAAACAGAGGAUUAGUACGGGAGUUGAGCUCGUCUGGCGAAACUAAUGAACUGAAAAGCAUCGUGUGGCCGGGAGAUUCCGUCACGCGUCCCAAGGGUUGGGCUAUACCGAAGCUCAGGGUCGGAAUACCUUGUAAGCUUGGAUUCAUGGAAUUUGUCAAUGUGACCGUUGACCGUAAAACGAAUAGUACGAACGCGACUGGAUUUUCGGUCGACAUUUUCCAAGCCGCGCUGGAUCUGCUCCCGUUCGAGAUCGAUUACAAUUUUUCUUACUAUAACGACACGGGGCACGUGAAUUGGACUUACGACGACAUGCUGAGUAAGAUACCUCAGGAAUUCGAUAUGGUAGUUGGGGAUACAACGAUUUGGGCUCCAAGAGCAAACUAUGUCGAUUUUUCGCUCCCGUAUUCUGAAUCGGGAGUCACCCUAGUCGUUAAAAACCGAAAGCCAUUUGACAUGUGGAUUUUCGUAAGGCCCCUGAGGUGGGACCUUUGGCUGGCGAUCAUUUCAGCUUGCAUUUUUAUGGGAAUUGUUCUCCGUAUAUUGGAAAGCCGUGCGACAGGGGACGACUCGGGUUCCUUAAGAAUGAACAAGAAUCGACUCGGGAUGAUUCAUUUGUCUCCGAUGGCCGUUCUAGCUUUUCCCGAAAGGAAUAUGGUUUCGAAUAGUUGGUCCUUUAUCGUGCUGGUGUUUUGGCUGUUCAUGGCGUUCAUACUAAUGCAGAGCUACACGGCCAACUUGUCUGCCAUUUUGACGGUCGACCAAUUGAAGUUUGCAUUCUCGGAUAAUUAUUACGUGGGUUAUCAGGAAGGCUCUUUCAUGAAGCAUUUCCUGAUUAAUCAGCUGCAUAUUAGUGAGUCGAGGCUCAAGAGUUACAGUUCGGUCGAGGGAUACCAUAAAGCUAUGUCCUUGGGAAGCAAAAACGAGGGCAUAGAUGCCGUAUUUGACGAGAUUCCUUACUUGAAGAUUUUGAUCAACAAAUACGAUUCUCAGUACAAGAUGGUUGGGCCAACUUACGUUACCGGUGGAUUCGGCUUCGCAUUCCGUCGAGGCUCGCCCUUAACCGCGCAUUUUUCUAAGGCAAUCUUGGAUGUAACUCAGGGCUCUAACAUGACAGCAAUUGUUAAAAAAAACUUCGGGCCCGGAUACUCUUCGCAAGAUCCGCUUUCCUCCACGAUCUCACAAGGGACAUCGAGCCUGUGCUUCUACGAUUUCGCGGGACUCUUCAUAAUCAUUGGGACCGUGAAUAUAUUUGCUUUGUUCUGUUCCGAGACAGCAAUGGGGCGAAAGCUGACGUGUCAAACCGAACGUUUUAUCCACCGCUGCUUCUUUUUCAAGGCCCCAAGAGUUGAUUCGAUGGAGGAUUCUAGUGUAGAAGUGAAUUCGGUUCAUGGAAUUGCCUCACCUUCUUAUGACGAAGGCUUAGAUACACAUGCUGGCGAGGAAGUUCAAGAAAUUGAGUUGACUAGUGAAUCUCGGGAUUCGACUUCUGAAGCUCGGGAUUCGGUAAUCGGAGUCGAGAGUAAUGCGGAGAGAACGACAUAG